GCUGUAGUUGGUGUAGUUGGUGUAGUUGGUGUAGUUGGUGUAGUAGCUGUAGUUGGUGUAGUUGGUGUAGUUGGUGUAGUAGCUGUAGUUGCUGUAGUUGCUGUAGCUGGUGUAGUAGCUAUAGUUGGUGUGGUAGCUGUAGUUGGUGUAGUUAGUGUAGUUGGUGUAGUAGCUGUAGUUGGUGUAGUUAGUGUGGUGUAGUAGCUGUAGUUGGUGUAGUUAGUGUAGAUGGUGUAGUAGCUGUAGUUGCUGUAGUUGCUGUAGCUGGUGUAGUAGCUGUAGUUGGUGUAGUAGCUGUAGUAGAUGUACGAACUGUAGUUGCUGUAGUUGGUGUAGUUGGUGUGGUAGCUGUAGUAGGUGUAGUUGAUGUAGUAGCUGUAGUUGGUGUAGUUGCUGUAGUUAGUAUAGUUGGUCUAGUUAGUGUAGUUGGUGUAGUUAGUGUAGUAGCUGUAGUUGGUGUAGUUCCUUUAGUUAGUGUAGUUGGUGUAGUUAGUGUAGUUGGUGUAGUUAGUGUAGUAGCUGUAGUUGGUGUAGUAGCUGUAGUUGGUGUAGUUGGUGUAGUUAGUGUAGUUGCUGUAGUUAGUAUAGUUGCUGUAGUUAGUGUAGUUGGUGUAGUUAGUGCAGUAGCUGUAGUUGGUGUUAGUAGCUGUAGUUGCUGUAGUUAAUGUAGUUAGUGUAGUUGUUGUAGUUGGUGUAGUUGAUGUAGUUAGUGUAGUUGGUGUAGUUACUGUAGUUGCUGUAGUUGGUGUAGUAGCUGUAGUUGGUGUAGUAGCUGUAGUUGGUGUAGUUAGUGUAGUUGGUGUAGUAGCUGAAGUUGCUGUAGUUGCUGUAGCUGGUGUAGUAGCUGUAGUUGGUGUAGUAGCUCUAGUAGGUGUAGUUAGUGUAGUUGGUGUAGUAGGUGUAGUAGAUGUAAUAGUAAUAGUAAUAAAUUGCUUUAUUUGCAUGACCGCAUCAUUUUACAGUAUUGCAAAAGCAUGUAUAUGACAAUCAAAAUAUAAAACAAAACAGCACUAAUAAUAAUCUAGAAAAAUUCGGUUACAUUACUAACAAUGAAUCACGUAUUUUCAUGCAGGAGGAAACAAACUUCAUAACUAACUUAUUUACAUGAUGUUCCUUCGAAUUCAUUAUCAGUUUUAUGCUUUCUGGAGAUGAUUUCUUGUCAAAGUCAGGUAUUAUUCGAUUGAUUUGAUUAAUAAAUGCCUGUCUCUGUACUGAGUAUUUGUUACAUUGAAAGAGGAAAUGAAUCUCAUCUUCUACCUGAUUUGAGUUACAUAAAGGACAUAAUCUAUUUUCUCUUGGCAAAUGAUCGAUUUGGUAUCGACCAUGUUCAAUCAUAAGUUUGUGAUUACUUAUUUUAAAUUUAACAAAAUUCUGUCGUUCGUCAUAAUGUCUUAGCUGGUAGAGAUAAUCAGAUGUAGAAUAUUCAUCUUUAAAAUUUUUAUAAAAUUCUAGUUUUUGUGAAUUUUCGAGGCUGUGCCGCCAAAACGAUAGAUAUUUCUCUCUCAUUUCUGUGGUAUAUCGUCCAAUUUUAUCAUUAUCUAGAGAUUCAGCAUCUAAACUGGUUAGAUUGUAUUGUUCAAGCAUGUUUAUGAAAUUGGAAAAAUACCCGGAAUUAUUCAUAGAAUGUAGAUUCUUUGACAUAAGGAAAGACUGUUUGACUAUAGAGUCAUUAUCUUUGUUGUGGAGGUAAACAAAAUAUUUCAUAAUUUUCUGAUUUAUCGGGAUAAGCAGCGGCAGUCUAUCAAGUUCAGCUCUGCAGGCUAUGUUAGAGGCCUUAUUGUUAACCUCUAAGUAACGUUUACAGAAUUUGAGGUGGAUUUUUUCUAUUGGGGAGCUAUCCCAUUUUUUAAAAUCUUGCUUGGUGUACAUUCCCCAUACCUUGUAACUCAAGAUUGGGAAUACCAUGGUGUCAAAAAUUUGGGAUGCAGUAUUAGGAUUAAGUUUGUUAAGAAUUGUCCGCUUCCGAAUACUAGAAAACGCGUGAAGGGCCUUUUCUUUUAAGUGUUCGAGUGCAAGUGUAAAGUUUCCCGUUGGAGUUAAACGUGUACCUAAAUAAGUGUAUUCUUGGACAAUUUCAAUUGACUCACUGCCUAUGUUGAAUUUGAUGUCAAUAGAUUUUUUUUGGGCGUUUCUGGAAUAUCAUAAUUUUUGUUUUCUUCGGAUUAAUUUUUAGCUUCCAUUUGUCACAAUACAAAGAAAGCAUUUAAAACAGUUCUGUAAUCCAGUUUUCGAUCUUGAUAGAAUAACUAAAUCAUCUGCGUAGAAAAGUGAAUUUAUUUUUUUCCCAUUUGGGGAACAAAUGGGUCAGAUAAGGUGUUUUCGAAUAAAAGUGGUAGAUUGUUUAAAUAGAGGUUAAAUAAAAGAGGGCUUAAAAUACAGCCUUGACGUACACCUCUGGAAUAUGAAAAAAGGCUGUGUUUUGUUUUCACCGAUUUUGAUGGAACAUGUCGAGUUGCAAUAAAGACUUUUCAUGAGGUUGUACAAGUUUCCUCCUAUAUUCGUUUUUAGCAGCUUAUAAAACAAUCCUUCGUGCCAAACAGAGUCAAACGCUUUGCGGAAAUCUACGAAACAAGCGUAGACUUUUUCCUUGUGAUAAUGCACAUAUUUAUCUAUUAGGGUCCUUAGAGUGAAAACAUGGUCUGCAGUGCGGUUUUCAGGCAAAAAGCCAAUUUGGGAAUUAUGUAAUAUCUUAUUUUCCUCAAAAUACAAGUGAAGUCUUCGAUUUAAAAUAGAACAGAACAGUUUGCCAAGGCAACUAGAAACACAUAUGCCUCUGUAAUUUGUUGGAUCACUCUUGUCACCAGAUUUGUAAAUUGGGGUUAUGAGGCCUUGACACCAAACAUCUGGCAUUUUUCCGGAUUGUAAAAUGAGGUUAAAAAGUUUGACAUAGACAGGCAUUAGUGGUUCGAGGCUUGCUUUGAUCAUUUCAUUUCGUAUUUUGUCAACAAAUGGUGAUUUCUUAUUUUUCAAUUUCUUCGCCGCUUGACGUAUUUCCCUCUCAGUUAUCUCAUAAUCGAGAUGGUUAAACUGUUCCUUUUCGUGUUCUAAAGAAUUUAGUUCCCUAUGGAUUUCAUGUUCAUGCGUGGAAUUCGUCGGGUCAAUAGAAUGCAGAGAUUUGAAAUGGUGAAGCCAUGAUUCUUCCGAGAUUGGGGCAGGAACAUUUUCGUUGAAAGUGUCGCUCAUCGAAUUUAAACAAUUCCAAAAUGACGCCUUGUCAGGAUUUAAAGCUAGUUCAUCGAGUUGUAAUGUUUUUUCUUUGUGGAAUCCUCUCUUCUUUGUGUCUAGGAGCUUUUUGUAAUCAUUCAAGGUUUUGUGAUAUCUUUCCCGCACUUCGGAGUUGAGGGGGUCACGGUGCUUUUCAUUUGAGACUUUUCGUAAUUCAUGCCUUUUCAAGCGACAUUCACAGUCGAACCAUUUCUUGUUGGAUGAUUUCUUAAUACGCUUAUAAGUUUUCUUAGCUUUAAUUUUUAGGCAUAGCUUGGAGCUCUCAGUUAGAAUUUUCAUAGUGUUUUCUAAGGAGAUAUUCACAUCUUCGGUGUUUCUCUCCAUAUAUUGUCUAAUUAGAAUUUGGAUUGGUUCCGUGCGCAGUGCGUUUUUGAAUUUUAAGUGUGAGUCAACUUCCCAGCAAAAUUGCCGUGGUAAUUUUGAUAAUCUAUUGCUACUAUUUGGAGUGUGCAUUUCGUCUCCAAUUAACCUGGUGUUAAGAUUGAGCCAUGCCACGAUGGCACUAUGAUCCGAUAAAUAAGAUGGCUGUUUAACAACAAAAUUUGCAACGUUGAGAAAUGUACACUGAUCACAUAUUAGAUAAUCAAUAACGCUCGUUCCGUUUUUUCCACAUGUUAGAAGUAGAUGUAGUAGGUGUAGUUGGUGUAGUAGCUGUAGUUGGUGUACUUAAUGUAGUUGCUGUAGUACCUGUAGUUGGUGUAGUUAGUGUAGUUGCUGUAGUUGGUCUAGUUAGUGUAGUUGCUGUAGUUACUGUAGUUGCUGUAGUACCUGUAGUUGGUGUAGUUAGUGUAGUUGCUGUAGUUGGUCUAGUUAGUGUAGUUGCUGUAGUUGAUGUAGUUGAUGUAGUUCGUGUAGUUGGAGUAGUUACUGUAGGUAGUCGCUGUAGCUGGUGUAGUAGCUGUAGUAGGUGUAGUAGCUGUAGUUGGUGUACUUGGUGUAGUUGCUGUAGUUAGUGUAGUUGGUGUAGUUGGUGUAGUUGAUGUAGUUGCUGUAGUUGGUGUAGUAGCUGUAGUUGGUGUAGUUGGUGUAGUAGCUGUAGUUGGUGUAGUUAGUGUAGUUGCUGUUGUUGCUGUAGUUGCUGUAGUUGGUGUAGCUAGUGUAGUUUGUGUAGUUGGUGUAGUAGCUGUAGUUGGUGUAGUUGCUGUAUUUGGUUUAGUUUGUGUAGUUGCUGUAGUUAGUGUAGUUGGUGUAGUUAGUGUAGUAGCUGUAGUUGGUGUAGUAGCUGUAGUUGGUGUAGUUGCUGUAUUUGGUUUAGUUUGUGUAGUUGCUGUAGUUAGUGUAGUUGGUGUAGUUAGUGUAGUAGCUGUAGUUGGUGUAGUAGCUGUAGUUGGUGUAGUUGCUGUAGUUUGUGUAGUUACUGUAGUUAGUGUAGUUGCUGUAGUUGGUGUAGUUGGUGUAGUUGCUGUAGUUGAUGUAGUUGCUGUAGUUGCUGUAGUUGCUGUAGUUGGUGCAGUAGCUGUAGUUGGUGUAGUUAGUGUAUUUGCCGUAGUAGCUGUAGUUGGUUUAGUUAUUGUAGUUGGU